ACAGAGGAGAGGCAGAGCGCUUUGGCAGAGCGCAGAAACGGACGCACAGAGCAGCACUGGGCGCCUCUGAGACACAGGCAACAAGCAAGAUUGCCGCCGUCACGGCAACAGUGCUCAUCCGACACCAUGACAACAGCCACGACGGCAUGCCGAGCCACCACUGGCGCCGCGCCGCAGGAGUAGCCGGGAGACGAGCUGGGACCGAAAGCCCAUCGUGUCGCCAGGAGAAGCCAUUCAUCCACAGCAGUCUCCGGAGUGACGCCCCCCCACCCCUAAACCCCCCCUCACAGCUUCAGGUGUCUCUCUACCCCCCCGGGGAGAGCGGGAAAGAUGCAGCUGCACGCUGAAGGCGAGCACGCAGCCCCGCACCGGACUCGCUGCCCCGCGCCUCCCCGCGCGCUCCCUCCUCGGCGCUGACGGCUCUGCCUCCGCUCCUCAUCUGCCCCAGCACCAUGAGGAUUUCCUGAGACCCCCCCCCCCCCCGGUGUUGCCCAGCUUCACACGGCGGAGGAACGAACCAUGUAAGCGACCACAUCAGGCAGUGACUCUGCACCAUGAACCCAAUGGCACAGCUGUACUACAAGAAGGUGAGCUACUCGCCAUACCGCGACCGCAUCCCGCUGCAGAUUGUGCGGGCGGAGGCGGAGCUGUCGGCCGAAGAGAAGGCCUACCUGACGGCAGUGGAGAAGGGCGACUACGCCGGGGUGAAGCAUGCCCUGCUGGAGGCUGAGAUCUACUACAACAUCAACGUGAACUGCAUCGACCCCCUUGGGCGUAGUGCCCUGCUCAUCGCCAUCGAGAACGAGAACCUGGAGGUGAUGGAGCUCCUCCUCAACCAUGGGGUGUAUGUGGGCGACGCGCUCCUCUACGCCAUCCGCAAGGAGGUGGUGGGAGCCGUGGAGCUGCUGCUGUCCCACCGCCGGCCCAGCGGGGAGAAGCAGGUCCCCUCGCUGAUGAUGGACAGCCAGUUCUCAGAGUUCACCCCUGACAUCACGCCGAUCAUGCUGGCUGCUCACACCAAUAACUACGAGAUCAUCAAGCUCCUGGUGCAGCGCGAGGUGAGCAUACCACGGCCACACCGCAUCCGUUGCGACUGCGUGGAGUGUGUCUCCAGCUCCGAGGUGGACAGCCUGCGCCAUUCUCGCUCCCGCCUCAACGUCUACCGGGCACUGGCCAGCCCAUCACUCAUCGCCCUCUCCAGCGAGGAUCCUAUCCUCACCGCCUUCCGCCUGGGCUGGGAGCUGAAGGAGCUGAGCAAGGUGGAGAAUGAGUUCUGGCAGGAGUACGAGGAGCUGUCUCAGCAGUGCAAGCACUUUGCCAAGGACCUACUGGACCAGGCACGCAGCUCCCGCGAGCUGGAGAUCAUACUUAACCACCGCGAUGAUCACAGUGAAGAGCUCGACCCCCGCGAGUGCCAUGACCUGGCCAAGCUGAAACUGGCCAUCAAGUACCAUCAGAAGGAGUUUGUGGCCCAGCCUAAUUGCCAGCAGCUGCUGGCCACCCUCUGGUACGACGGCUUCCCCGGCUGGCGACGUCGCCACUGGGCUGUCAAGCUGCUCACCUGCUUCGUCAUCGGCCUGCUCUUCCCCGUCUUCUCCCUCGUCUACCUACUGGCCCCCAAGAGCUCGCUGGGCCACUUCAUCAAGAAGCCCUUCAUCAAGUUCAUCUGCCACACCGCCUCCUACCUGACCUUCCUCUUCCUCCUGCUGCUGGCCUCGCAGCACAUUGUGCGUACCAACCUGCACAUGCAGGGCCCCCCGCCCACUGUCGUGGAGUGGAUGAUCCUGCCCUGGGUGCUGGCCCAUGAAUGGUUGUUCGAGACCUUGCAGUCCUUGUUCUGGUCAGUGUUCGGCCUGCUCAACCUGUACGUGACCAAUGUGAGGGCACGCCAUGAGUUCACGGAGUUUGUGGGGGCCACCAUGUUUGGGACGUACAACGUCAUCUCCCUGGUGGUGCUCCUCAACAUGCUCAUUGCUAUGAUGAACAACUCCUACCAGCUGAUUGCCGACCACGCUGACAUCGAGUGGAAGUUCGCCAGGACCAAGCUGUGGAUGAGCUACUUCGACGAGGGGGGCACGCUGCCACCACCCUUCAACAUUAUCCCCAGCCCCAAGUCCAUGUGGUACCUGUGCGUCUGGCUGCAUGGUCGGCUGUGUGGCAAGGGACCGGCGCCAACGGAUGAGCAGAGGAAACACGAGAACUUGAAGGAGUUUACGGAGCGCCAUGCUGACAACCUGAUCCAGAACCAGCACUAUCAGGAGGUUAUCAGGAACCUGGUCAAGAGGUACGUCGCCGCCAUGAUCCGGAGUGCCAAGACCAACGAAGGACUCACAGAGGAGAACUUCAAGGAGCUGAAGCAGGACAUCUCCAGCUUCCGCUAUGAGGUGCUGGACCUGCUGGGGAACAGGAAGCUGCCACGGCGCACCUACUCCUCCAGCAGUGACGUCACCCUCAAGGAUGAGGCUGCUGAGAGUGGCGACGACGGGAUAGACCCUGGGGCAGCACUGAGCCUGGGCAGAGACAGUGGGCAGGAUGGUGGCAAGGGGAAGGGCGUGACCUUCAACCUAUCGUCGUCUGGCAGGAAGAGCCGCGAGGCGGCGUUCAGCGUAUCCGCCCUUUUCAAGUCCAUGUCGGCCUUUGGGGUGCCGGCGGAGGACAAACCAAAGAGCAAUGGGCUGAAGAAGUCCUCCUCGUCCUCGCCUCCCCCUCCCGACCCUGCCUCCUCCUCCGCAUCUGUCCGGAAUGGGGGCAGGUUCCAGCGUCUGGCCGGCACCAAGAGGGACUCUCUGAAGCGCAUAGGGCUGCUGUUCUCCCGCAUGAACGGCCACGUGCCAGAGCCGCACUGCGAAGCCGCCUACAGCAUCUCCGAUGGCCUGCUGCAGCCGCCCGCCACCUGGCCCGACCUCAGCUUCGCCCCCGAGCGCCACGUGACGCGCAGCGAGGUGAACCUGAGCCGCCUUGGCACUGGGGGGGCGCAGCAGGACCCGGCAACAGCGCUCCCACCCGACCGCACCCCCCCAUCCUCCCUGCACUGUUCUUCCGGCUUUGCUGCCUCCAGCUCGCGCCUCCUGGACUCUAGUGAGGACGUGUUUGAGGGAUGGGCAGGGGCCUGUGACGGGCUGGACUCCUCCCACUGGGAGGCCGAGCAAGAGGAGUCGGUGACAACAAAGCUAUAAAGCAGGGCUGCCGGCGCGCUGAGGGACACUGACGCGACCGGCGGGGCUUUGCCAGUCUGCAUGCCGGUCUGCACGCCUGACACAAGCUUGUGAUGGACCGCGUCUGCGGCCAAGCCAGCAGGGCAGGCAGGACCGGGAACGCUUACCACGUGAUACCCAGGGCUCCUUUAUUACACACUAUUAUUAGCUUAGAGGGAAAAUGGAAAAAUGACAAAAAAAAACAAAUGAAGAGCUUAGUUUAUUGCAAUAGUAGUA